AAGACUAGUUAUAUAUAGGUCUUAUGGUAUCAACCCAAAUUCAUAAGAGUUGUUAGAACAGAAUGGCUGCUUCUAUGUUUUUGCUUGCUGUAUUGAUUUUCUUGAUGAGUAUCUCAGCUAAAGGCCAAGGAGGCUUGAAAACAGGUUUUUAUGCUUCUUCAUGCCCAAAAGCUGAGGCCACUGUAAGGUCUACUGUACAAACACAUUUCAACAGAGAUACUACCAUUGCUGCUGGUUUGCUUAGGCUUCAUUUUCAUGAUUGUUUUGUUCAGGGCUGCGAUGGAUCAGUCCUGAUUACAGGCACAUCUGCUGAGAGGAGUGCAUUGCCAAACCAAGGAUUAAGAGGCUUUGAAGUGAUUGAUGAUGCCAAAGCACAACUGGAGAGCUUGUGCCCCGGGGUUGUCUCAUGCGCCGACAUAGUUGCAUUAGCCGCUCGUGAUGCUGUGGCCUUGAGUAACGGCCCAAGUUGGUCAGUCCCUGCGGGAAGAAGAGAUGGAAGGAUUUCAUCAUCAGCUGAGGUCUUAAAUUUAUUACCAUCUCCACUCGAUUCUAUCUCCAUUCAAAGGCAAAAGUUUGCUGCUAAGGGCUUAAAUGAUCAUGAUCUUGUAACACUAUCUGGGGCACAUACAAUAGGCCAAACUGAUUGUCAAUUUUUCAAGUACCGCCUGUACAACUUCACUGCAACUGGAAAUGCAGAUCCAAGCAUAAACCAGGUGUUCUUAGGUCAAUUACAAGCUUUGUGUCCUCAAAAUGGUGAUGGAUCCAAACGUGUGGCACUAGACAAAGAUAGCCCAACCAAGUUUGAUGUUAGUUACUUCAAGAAUGUCCAAGAUGGUAAUGGAGUUCUAGAGUCAGACCAGAGGCUUUGGGGAGAUGCAACAACUCGUGGCAUUGUACAAAAUUAUGCAGGGAAUUUAAGAGGUUUACUUGGACUUAGAUUUGAUAUUGAGUUCCCUAAGGCUAUGAUUAAGAUGAGUAGUAUUGAAGUGAAGACAGGGACUCAAGGAGAGAUCAGAAAGCUAUGCUCCAACUUUAAUUGAUGAUGCAAUAUUUUAAGUUGAAAUAUGUUUUAACUAAUCAAAUGGUUUUAAUUACAAAGUGGGCAUAGCCAAUGUGUGUCAGUGAAACAGAACUAAAUAGUUCUUAUAGAUCAAUUGCCUGUAAAUUUAAAUCUACUAGUUUAUCAAGGAUUUAUGAGAAUCAUAUCUUUCCUUGUC